CGUUCUUCCAGUUAUAUAGUGCGCUCUGGGUUUUAUUCUCUCCAUAGAUUGAUCGCUGUGGCUGGUUUUCUCUAGCGUUCCCAUUCUGUUUCCAUGGAUUUGUGUUCGAUUCGGUAUUUUCAUCUCGUUUGCUACAAAUGGAUGAUGAAAACAAUGGAUCUUGAUGGAUGUUUCUCUUAGAACUUUGGAUGAGUUGGGUUUACGGGGUUAUGGGAUUCAGGAGGCUGAACGAUCGGAGUUAUUAAUGCAUUUGCUUUCUCUGUUGAAGAAGUGAUUAGAACUCAGCAGAUUAACCUUGCUUAGUUCCAAUGAGUAAAGCAGCCAUGGAUAGGGUAAUUGUGUCAGUACUGCCUAGUUGAUGGACUCAUGGACCAUAGGGGUGGGAUGAUUAGAAACUUAGCAGGAAAAGCAGAUGGUAAAGUUGGAAAAUCUCAUCUUCAUUACCCCAGAAUUCCUGCAAGUUCCUGUCCUGAUUCAUGCAAGUAUGGAAAGAAGAACGAUUUGUUGCUUGUUAAAAUGAAUGGUGCGGUUUCAAGACACUCGAACACUCCCGAAACCCUAGAUAAAAAUUUUAGUCUCAAAAAAGUUGUCACUGCACAAGCUAGACGCAAAGGAGCAGAGUUUAUGUUGGAUACUGCCGUUCAAAUAGAUGACAAUGUUUCCCGCUGCUCAGGAAUUAUCAAUAUGGUGCACUCGCAGCACUCUGAUGCAUCAAGUGACAUGAUUGAAUGUAUGUCUGAGGAAUCCGUAAACAUGAAACCAAAGACACCACCACGCUUUCUGAAAAACAUUAGAACUUAUGAGCAGAACAGUCCCUUUUUUAAAGAUGGAUCUUUGGAGGAAUUAACUCUAGUGGUGCCUGAGGAAGUAGCUUUUACUGUCAAUGAAAACGCUAUCUCCAUUGAUGAUGUGUCUUGGGCCUGGUCAAAUGGGGUUUCUGUAGGGUCUGCAGCCAUGGAGCUCGAGUCUCCUCCAUCUGCACUAGAGAGCAUGGCGUCUACCCUGACUUCUCAUGAUCAUAAACUAGAGGGAUCCUCCAUGGAGUUUCAAGUUACACCACAGAAAAUGAUAUCUUUAGCUGCUGAUGAACUUACCGAUCAAGUGAAAAAGCCAUCUAAUAGAUUUAGAACCAUGAAGCAAGAGAUUAUUCGGAAGAGUAUGACACAUGCUAUGGCCAGUUCUUCGAAGGAUACUGCUGGUAUGAAGCCAAAACAACAUAAGAAGAUGAAUAGUUUGAAGGUAGAUGAGAAACAAAAGAUAGAGCUUCCAAUGUUGCGGUCCUCACUGCCAGUGAAAACUAGUCUUCUGGGUAGGAUCGAGGCCAAGAAGAAAGUUGAUGCAGUUGUGGAACCCAGCAUUACAGAUGAAAAAUCAUCAACUUUGAUUAGAACUGUUAAAUCUAUUAAGCCAAUUCAGGUUGGUGUGAUGCCUGACAUUGGACCUAGUACAUCUUUUUCUCCCUUAAUAAUCAAGAAAAAGACUUUGUCAACUCCAAAAAGGAUCCAAUUAUCCCCAAAGCAAUCACUUCUACUGAAAACUAAAUCUUCGGUCAUAAAAUACAGGUCACCAAUGUCGGAUUCUGGAAGAACCGGAUGUCGAAGUAGCCAGGAUAGCAGCGAGAAUGCCUAUAACGCUGGCUUGUCUAAGGUGAGAGACGAGAAGAUUUUGAAGCAAGUUGCAGAAUCUCUGGUCCCUAAGUCAAGUCUUAAUUUUGCUCCAGUAUUGAAUAAUAGGAAGGCGAUAUCAGUAAAGAAACAAGUGGAAGCUGGAAACGUGGAUGGUGUAGUUGAACAGACACUCAUCAGUGUAGCUCAUAAGUCUACAGAACAAAAACACAUGAAGCUGAGAGCUCUGCAGUCUUCAAGAACAUUGUCCUCCGGGUCUUCAACAUCAUCUUCAGCAUUUAUCUCAUCAAAUUGUGAAAAAGAGAGUGAUGGAUCUCGGUCAACAGAUGCUAACGUUUCCAAAAAGGCUCAUAUUGGUGAGAGGAAAAGGAGAACACAGCUUCAUGUAGUUGAGCAGAAACCCUUUGGUGCAGUACCAAAGUUUGCAGAGCAUAACCGCACAAAGCUGAGAAACUUGUCUUCCAGGUCUUCAAUAUCAUCUUCAGCAUUCUUAUCGGGUCAUGAAGAAGGGAACUGUGCAUCUCGGUUGACAGUAACCAACACUAGUGGAUCAAAGAAGACUCAUAUUGGUGAGAGAAAAGGGACAACACCGCUUCCUGUAGUUGAGCAGAAACUCUUUGGCGUGGCUCUAAUGACUGUAGAACAGAAGAGCACAAAGCUGGAACCUCAGCUAUCAUUAAGAACCUCAUCUUCCAGGUCGUCAAUGUCAUCUUCGCAAUAUGUCUCUUCAAGUUAUGAAGAAGAGAAUGAUGGAUCUCAGUUGUCAGUUAGUGAAACUAGUGGAUGGAAGAUGACUCAGAUUGAUGAGGGGGAUGGGAGAACACCACUUUGCACAAAAAAAAGUGACGAGGAAGAAGUACAGAAAAAAACUGAAAAUUUACACCUUGAAAAUAAAUUAUUUUUGCUUAGCACAUCUUUUAGAAGAGGGGAGGAAGUGUUGGAGGCUCAGAAUUUUGAAGGUGAUUCAGGGAUGAGUAACUUUAGGGAGAGUAGAGAAUCAACAAAGGAAUGCUUGGCCACUGUUAGUCCUGGUUUGCCUGCAGCUGUGCUGAGGGACAAAGUUGUGCAGGAAAAGAAUACACAGGCUCUUUCUAAUGAUUUAAUUGAAGAAACUGCGAACAAGCUGGCGGAACCUAGUAAGAGCAAGGUGAAAGCUCUGGUUAGUGCUUUUGAAGGUAUCAUCUCUCUUCAAGAGAGAACUGUUUUGUGAGCAGUAUUUGUUUUUGUCUAUUGAUUGAAAAUAUGAAAUUUCUGCUGCAUUUAGUUUUUAUAUUUGGACUUUCCAAAAGUAUAUGUAUAGCAUAAGGGCGAUGUUGAGAGGCUUCUGUGUUUCAUAAGAAAAGAGGAAUAAAUUUUCCCUAGUCCUUUCUGAGUGAAAAUGAAUUGUUUUUUUCUUAAUAUUUG